ACCUGAUUACUCAAGUCUAUAAAUACCCGUAAUCCACUUGGAUUUUUUGAUUAAACAGAAAUGUCAAUAAAUUGCAUUUAACUGUGCUCUUAAGCUUUGACAACAUGUUGAUCGUUCACAGACUUACAUUUGUUUGGGUCUUAUACGUUCUUGAGUACGGUUAUGGUGCUUUGAUCGUGCGCAAACCUCGCAAUGAGGAAACAAUAUAUAAAACUGGAAGCUCACUCGGAAUAGUAACGAUUUCGGAUAUGUCGAUAGUGUCCAAAGUUUACGCACGAUUCGCCGAUGUGAGUGUUACUAGCAUCGUGAGCAACAAUGGAACGCGUGACAACGAGACCGUAUUUACCGUUCAGAUUCCUCUAUCGGCGUUCAUUUCCAAUUUUACAAUGACGAUUAAUGGCGUAGAAUACGUAAGUCAAGUCAUGGAAAAAUAUGAAGCGGAGAAGUUUUACCAGGAUGCUAAAAACAGGAACGAAAGUGCGGGCCAUGUGUCCCAAGAUUUGUAUCCUAAAGAGAGACGGUUAGAUGUGGAUACAUUCUCUGUCCGAACGAAUGUUCAAGCACAUUCAUCUGUCCUGUUUGUGUUACAGUAUCAAGAACUUUUGGAACGACGAAACGGACAGUACAAACAAAUGAUAAAUAUUCAACCGAACCAAAUUGUACCCAACCUGACGAUGAUGUGCUCAUACCACGAGCCCCAGGGAUUUGAUACAUUCCAAGUUCAAACACCGAAAGGCUUAAGCGAUUCUGUCAAUUCAAAAAUCAGUAAUGUUGUCAGCAUAAGCACGGAAACACCGGAAACACGUGUUGUGAAGUUUAAACCUUCUGUUGAUCUGCAGACGUCAUUUGAUCCGCGUUUGGGUAUCCAUGGCGACGUCAUAGUAUUUUAUGACGUCAUUCACAAAGAGAGCACGGUCAGCGGCGGUUUGGCACUUUACACAACGGAUGGCUUUAUCGCUUCUUACUUUUCACCAGCGGACACCUAUGAGGUUUUACCAAAAGCUGUCGUUUUUGUAAUUGACAUUAGCGGUUCAAUGUCAGGACCGAAGAUCAAUCAAGCAAGAGAUUCUCUUAUCGACAUUUUGAGAAAGCUUAGGCCGAUUGACGCGUUCAAUAUCGUACUUUUUGACGAUUCGCUGACGCUCUUUAGAGAAUCGUUUAUUGCCGCUACGAUAUUGAACGUGAAUAUGGCGGUAGAGUAUGCUGCUUCAAAAGUCGUCGCCAGAGGGUCGACCAACAUAAACGAUGCCCUGUUGAAAGCCAUAAAUAUGUUUGACAGCACAUCGUUGAUUGAUGACCGAGGGAAUAUUGUUAUAUUUCUAACGGAUGGACUCCCAUCGUCCGGCGCAACUACUAACCCCAAUGAAAUACGGGCUAACAUUCGAAACGCAAACUAUGUAACCACUGGUUCAAAACGAGAAUACAAAGCAGUGAUUUACUCUCUGGCAUUUGGUUUCGAUAUGGACUUUGGUUUUCUAAGUGCUCUGUCGGAAGAGAAUGGAGCAAAUGCCCGGCGAAUCUUCGAAGGCGUUAGUGCCAAGAAUCAGUUGGUGUAUUUCUACGACGAAGUUUCAGAUCCCUAUUUAAGUAGGGUCAGUUUCAGUAUCUGCUAUCUGGACACACGAACGGAAAUCAAGCAAGUUAAGGUUGUAACGUCACAGUCUGAAUUUCCAUACUUCUUUGGUGGCUCCGAAAUAGUAAUGGUUGGAAAAAUGAACGCGAUCCCAACGGAAAGUUGGGGAAUCUGCGUCAAUGCUGUAAGCAGUACUGGUGAUACUAUAAUCACAAUUUCAUCGUCAUUGGUGGAUAGUUUUCCAUCUGGGAUAUCAAACGAGGGUCGUGUGGAUUUCAUCGAAAGGAUUUUCGCAUACAAGCAGAUUAAAUACUAUCUGAUUAUGAUGGACAUCGCAAGAGACGAAUCUGAUGCGGUCAAAUUCAAGACACUUGCGCUCAAUAUGUCGCUGGAGUAUAACUUUGUUACCCCGCUCACAUCGAUGGUAGUUACGCAACGUUUACAUGAUCCAAGUGCAGACAUGGAGGGUUACGCUUCAGACGUAGUAAAGAUGAGUGCCAGUUACCCGGUAUAUAAGGGUUCAUCAAAUAGUGGAGUUGGUCUAAAACUGGAAUACCUUUUUCGAGUUUCUUGCUUAUUAUGUACUAUUGUUCUUUUCUUUUAAAGAUGAAACGUACCUUCAUUUCAUUCUUGCAAUCCGGUGAAUCUCUAUGUAAUCAUGUAAUUCGGGACGAUUAAGGUUCAAGACAUGUUAUGAUGUAAGAAACUUAAAUGUUAAAUAAUAUUAUUUUACAUCGUUUUUUUGUAUUUUUUUUAACAGAUUGUUGUUGCUAACUACUUUUCUGUUAUUUAUACGUGCGAAUGUAUUAGAAUGUUAAGUCAUUAUUUAGUCUUUCUGAAAUGCAAAGCUGAUGUGAAUUCGACUAAUUAAUGCGAAAGUUAUCAAUUGGUUUUACGAUAUUAUGAAUCUUAUUUCGGUUUAUUCAGCCUCACAAUAACAAUUUUUUUUAUUUAAUCAAUAAAUACUAAAAAGCGUUUUCAUAAAAGUGACUUUCUCUAAUAAUGUAUAAUAAAUCCUGCAUCACUGAGCGAUCCAUGUCUACAUUGACUUAUACACAGUCGGACGAUUAUUUGGAUCUCUAUAUCUCUGUCCUUAAGUAAUCAAAAUAUGCUUGCCUUUAUUAUUGCAUAAACUCUAUCUAUAAUGCCCUCUGGCGGUGUGCACAAACUUGGCAAAAGGAGGGCUUGAACGGGAGAAAUCGUGUAUUAACAAUGCGAUUCACGUGCCGUUCAAGCCCUGUUAUGUGUUUUUCAUAUCCAUAAUCUGGUUUACGCGCAGUUACUUCCCUUCUCCAGCCUUCGACGACUUUCCAAGCAUAAAUGGGGAACUGAAUAAGCACCAGUUUCCUCAUGCAUGCAGGGAUAAUGACUAUUUCAAUCCACUUUUCAAGUUAUACCAUCUGCACUCUCUUGACAACAGCUUUCUUGUAUUGGCAACGUCAUUGAAGUUAAGGUUAUUUACUCAACACUUUCACCAGACUAUGCUGUAAAUGUAAGUGUUUAUGUACCUUCAACGUUCCUGCUGUAAAUUCCAAAAUAAUUCCUCAUUUCUUACUUUACGCGGCUGCAUUUCAACUUUGCAUUAAUCCACUGUUUAAACACAUUUUAAAUCGAAAACUGCCUGACCGAGUGAGGCAUAUGUAAAACACAACCUUGAACUGUAUUGAAAUAAUCGAAUUAUUUUGUCGAUGUCGAAUGAACAAAACAUUGUUUUCAAUGUUAUUUAAAAUUAUUUUGGUAUGUGUGAUUUGUUUAUGCAAUAAUAGCGAAAAUACACAUUUUCUCGGACAUGAUCAUCUGCGGGCGCUCGAAAAAUCCGUUCCUGACCGAGUGCUGCUGCGCACUCGGUCAGGAACGGAUUUUUCGAGCGCCCGCAGAUGAUCAUGCCCUCGAAAACGUGUAUUAUCCCUAUAAAUGUAAUUCAUGUAAAAAAGUUUGUGCACGUGUUUUAAUAUAAAAGAAACCUCUAUUGUGAGUGUUUGACAUUUGUCCACAACUGACAGAUAUAUGUUAUAUAUGUGAUAUUUUCAUUUUGUAUACUAUAUUAUCAACAUUUAAUUGUGCUUCAUAGUAUGUUUGAUUAAAUUUAGCAAACAUUGA